UAGUUCUCCUCUGUGUGUUGGUGGAUGUGUCCAGUGGAAUUAUGAGCAUUCAGCUGAUCCCUCAGCAUCCAGUAAUCCAGGGAUCUGUAACUCUAAACAUUACUGGGAUUACUGGGAAAAUUCGUGCUGUCUCUUGGUUUAAAGGACCGACUUCAUCUCCAGAGCAUCAAAUUAUUGCCUAUUUUCCUGGUGACAACAAAGCCCUAGUUACUGGGCGCAUUUAUGACUCUCGAAUCACUGCCUUUCCCAAUGGAUCAUUGCAGAUUGCCAGUCUUAACACCACAGAUCGGGGGAAUUACAUAGUAAAGGUACAGACAGAAAGCCCUCUGGAAAGCACCCUAGAUCUGAAUGUCUAUGAUCCAGUUUCAAAGCCUGUGAUCACAGUAUCUGACCCUGAGCCACAGGAAGAUGACACAAUCACUCUCACAUGUGCCUCUUCUAAUGCUGAGAAGAUAAUAUGGAGAAAAGAUGGUGGCCCUCUACCCUCUGCGGCUGUAUUAUCAAAUAAUAGGACCCUUACCUUCUCCAGAAUCAAUCGUUCACACUCAGGAGACUAUCAGUGCACAGCCGAGAACAUCGCCAGUACAAAGACCAGCGAUUCCUACACAUUGGCCAUAGCUUGUAAGUACUAA